AUCAUCUGCUUCUGAAGAAGAUGACAAGGAAGAUAGUGUGUGGGAGCCCCAAAAGAAAGUCGUCAGAAGUCGCAAGCAGCCUGUUCCCAAAGAAUCCAAACCAAAGAGGGUGCCACGGGUAAAGAAGACCACACUACAGAUCCGCGAUGGCUCAGAAGGCAUGGCUGUUAAGGAGGAGCUGAAUAACUCUGUGGCUAUUGCUGAUGUUGAUUUGGAAGACAGAAAAAAUAAAUUGGAUAGCACGAAGACUCUGAAACCAGCAAAGACAAAACGGAAGAAUUCAGCUCAGUCAUCUUUGGGUCAGAGGACCAAAAAGCUGAAAGUUGAUGAAGAAACCGACAUGGCCAACCGUACAGAGAUGCCAUCCACGAGCACCGUGUGGGAAAGUGUGUGUAAGAAGGAAGAGAAUGAAGAUGACUUUACAUUUGGUCAGUCCCCUUUAAAGAAAGUGAAGACUGAAGCAUGUCCUCAGGGGCAGCCUGUGAGGUUUCCAGCAAAUACCAACAGCAUUAAAGAGGAGGUGGAAAUGAACUGGGACAUAGUACAGGUUUUAUCUGAGAGAACUAAUAUUGAACUUUGGGUUUGUGCCAACAUUAUUCGUCUCUUUAAUGAUGACAACACAAUUCCCUUCAUUAUACGGUAUCGAAAAGAGCUUAUUAAUAACCUCGAUGCUGAUUCCUUGAGAGAAGUUCGACAAACCUUGGAGGAGCUCCGGGCUGUUGCAAAGAAGGUUCAUAGUACAAUCCAUAAAAUUAAGAAGGAGGGGAAGAUGUCUGAGUGCUUGUUAAAAGCCUUGCUGAACUGUAAAACUUUUGAAGAACUAGAACAUGUGUCAGCUCCAUAUAAAACUGGGAGCAAAGGCACAAAAGCCCAAAGAGCUAAGCAGUUGGGAUUAGAAGGAGCAGCCAAGACAUUGCUUGAGAAUCCAGGGGAGCUCAAUCUGCUAUCUUACAUUAGACCCAAUGUGAAAGGACUUUCAGCACUCCAGGAUAUUGAAACAGGAGUGCAGCAUAUUUUAGCAGACAUGAUUGCUAAAGACAAAGACACGCUUGACUUCAUUCGGAAAUUGUGCCAAAAUAGGUAUAUUUGUAUCCAAUCAUCUCUGGCAAAGGUGUCCUCAAAAAAAGUAAAUGAGAAGGAUGUUGAUAAGUUUCUGCUGUACCAGAAUUUUUCAUGCAACAUAAGAAACAUCCAGCAUCAUCAGAUUCUGGCAAUUAACCGUGGAGAAAAUUUGAAGAUACUGACUGUCAAAGUCAACAUUUCUGAUGGAAUAAAGAAUGAAUUCUGCAGGUGGUGCAUCCAAAACAGGUGGAGACCACGUGGCUUUGCAAGGCCAGAGUUAAUGAAGAUCUUACACAAUUCACUCGAUGAUUCUUUCAAACGCCUUAUUUAUCCUCUCCUCUGUAGAGAGUUCAGAGCCAAACUAACAUCAGAUGCAGAGAAGGAAUCAGUAAUGAUGUUUGGACGUAACCUUCGUCAGCUGCUUUUAACAAGCCCUGUUCCAGGGCGCACCUUGAUGGGAGUGGAUCCUGGUUACAAACAUGGUUGCAAAUUAGCUAUAAUUUCUCCUACCAGUCAGAUACUUCAUACCGAUGUGGUUUACUUGCAUUGUGGACAAGGCUUCCGAGAGGCAGAGAAAAUAAAGAGGCUUUUGCUGAAUUUCAACUGCAGCACAGUGGUGAUUGGAAAUGGAACUGCCUGCCGGGAAACAGAAGCUUACUUUGCUGACCUGAUAAUGAAAAAUUACUUUGCACCACUGGAUGUUGUUUACUGUAUCGUCAGUGAAGCAGGGGCGUCUAUCUACAGUGUCAGCCCUGAAGCUAACAAAGAGAUGCCAGGGCUGGACCCUAAUUUGAGAAGUGCAGUUUCCAUAGCAAGGCGUGUACAAGACCCAUUAGCUGAGCUGGUGAAAAUCGAGCCGAAGCACAUUGGAGUUGGAAUGUACCAGGUAAAGCAGUGUGGGUCAUUUACUUUGUGAAACCUGUCAAUAGUAUGCAGACU